CUGCACUCGAUCAGCUGCCAUCUAUCUCUAGUAGAAUUGUAAAGAAAAACCUUGAAAAAAGAAAACCUUCCAUGGCUUCCAAAUCUGUAUACAGCAUGGAAGAGUUCCUGGAAGUUAUUUCCCUGAAAGAACAGCUCUACUUUCAUGAGCUCCAACGCAAGCAGAGACAGUCGGGCUCUCGGGUUGGCGCCACGCAGGGAGUGCAUAACCUGAGUGAGGCUCUUGAGGAACUACACAUCAAAGAGCGGUUGUCAGCCCUUGAAAACAAGACGCGUGACCGAGAGUCUCCUUCUGUUCUCGAGUUGUUCGGUGAGCUUUGCUACACUGAACCUUCUCCUUCCUCCAAUGAUCCGCCGUCUAGCUCUUCAGCUCUGGUGCCUCCUGGUGGCUCUGAAGAAGCUUCCACCGUCGCUGGCGAUGGAGAAGAGGAAGAACCCUCUGAUGAGAUACGGGCCAAUGGUGCUAGCUAGUCAUCAGGGAAAUGGAAGGAAUGAGGGUAGGGUGUAGAUGUGAAGGGCAGCUAUGCUAGAUGAGGAAAGGGAGCCCGCGUGACAUCAUCAAAUGUGUAGAUUAGUUAACUAAGUUGUAACUGAGCUUAAGCUCCUUUUUUAUGCCAAUCUGGGUAUCAUUAAUGAAUCUCCAUGUCAGUUUAUUGUUACAUUUUUUUGCUUGAGCUUAAUUGCAAGUGUUUAAUAUUUGCAUGUGCGGGUAUAUAAUGGC